AUGCGCACAGUCUUCUCUGCCAUCGAAGACCGCAAGAUUGCCAUCGUAGAGUCUCCAACGGGCACAGGCAAGACCUUAACUCUCCUGACCGCGACACUAAGCUGGCUGUCAGCUCACAGACGACGACUAGACGAAGCAGCCGAGGCGGACCUGCGCGCCCGCUUCGCAGCCGAAGAUCCAGACGACCCGCCAUGGAUCAUCGAGAACGCUGUCAAGCGGCAUAUGGAGGAACUGCGGCACGCCGCGGCUGAGCGAGCAGUCCGCCUCGCCGCCGUGCGAGAGCGGGAACGGCGGCGUGAUCCUGGCUUCCAAGCCAAACGCGCUCGCCCAUCAGCUAAGGAAAAGGAGGUGAAGGAGAUCGACUUUCUCCCCGAAGAUGCGGAGCCCGUUGAUGGACUCAAUCUCAGCGCGGAGGUGCGCGCCCUCAUGGCUCAAUUAGACAAGCCUAGCACUCAGGAAGAGGUCGAGGAGGACGUGCCCAAGGUCUACUUCGCCUCACGGACGCAUUCGCAGUUGCGACAACUCACGGCCGAGCUCCUCAAAACCUCCUUCGUGGUCGACACGCCGGACCGCGUCUCGGCUGUCCCCCUAGCUUCGAGGCGACAGAUGUGCAUCAAUGACAAGGUGCGCGCGAUGGGCGGCGAAGAUAAGAUAAACGAGGCGUGUCUCGACAUGCAGAAGAGUGGUGCGCAGCGGUGUCCGCACCUCCCUCGCAAGGACGACGAGGGGCCACUCCUCGACGCGCGCGACUCCGUCCUCGCCACCGUUCGCGAUAUUGAAGACCUCGUGACGGAGGGCAAACGCGCCGGCGUGUGUCCAUAUUACGCGACGCGCCGGGCGACCAAGGCCGCGCAGCUCGUCACUCUUCCCUACAAUCUACUAUUGCAGAAGAAUGCCCGCGAGGCACUAGGCAUCGACCUAACCGACCAGAUUGUCAUCAUCGACGAGGCGCAUAACCUCAUCGACACAGUUCUGGGGAUAUACUCGGCCUCCCUCCCUGCCAGCCACAUCAACAGCGCCGCAUCCCAACUCACACAAUACCUCCAUCGCUUCCGGACGCGUCUGAAACCACGGCACAGUCUCAUGAUCCAGCAAACCCUGACGGUCCUCCGCGGCCUUGUCGGCGUAUGCUCAGCCUUUGAGAAGGGCAAAGAAUCGAGCGAAAUGAUGGACGUGAACGCGCUCAUGGGACGUAUCGGGCGUUCCGCAGACGCUGUAAACCUUCUCGAACUCGUGGGAUACCUCAAAGAAUCAAAGCUCGCGCGCAAGGUAUCGGGCUUCGCGGAGUCUCUGGAUGAGAAGGAGGGCAAGCGAUCCACGGCGGCGCGGCAUGCGUCAAUCGCUGCCUUCCGGGGAGUCGAGGCCCUCCUUCUAAGUCUUACGGAUGCGCGUGACGACGGUCGCGUCAUCCUCUCCAAAGAAGAGGGGUUGAUGCUGAAAUAUGUCCUCCUCAACCCGGCCGAGCGGUUUGCAGAGGUCGUCUCGUCUGCCCGCUCCGUAGUUCUCGCUGGCGGGACAAUGGAACCGCUCGCCGACUUCUUCGCACAGCUUUUCCCCUCAGUCCCGCGCGAUCGGUUUGCGACCCUCUCUUGCGCCCACGUCAUUCCAAAGACUAACCUCCUCACGCAAGUUGUGACACGCGGCCCACGUAAACUAGACCUGGAAUUUACGUUUACUAAACGGCGCGAUCCCGCUCUGCUUGCCGAACUAGGCGCAGUGGUACAGAGCACGAUCGGGCUCGUUCCAGACGGGGUGGUCGUCUUUCUUCCGUCGUAUGCGUUCUUGGACGCCCUCAAAGCCGCCUGGACAGAGUUAUUCCCCAAACUCGACCAACGCAAACAGAUCUUCUAUGAGCCCAAAACUUCGUCUGAAGUCGAGACAGUGUUGAGGGAAUACGCUCAGGCUAUUGAGGCGCCUAAAGUCAACGACGCAGGCCGACCACGUUCCGGAGCACUCCUCUUCGCAGUCGUGGGCGGCAAGUUGUCCGAGGGCAUCAACUUCUCGGACCGUCUGGGCCGAUGCGUUAUCAUGGUCGGAUUGCCGUUUGCGAAUGCGGGCAGUGUCGAACUUCAAGAACGCAUGCGAUAUGUCGAGCGCCUUCCGGGUGCGGGGAAGGACGCCGCGCGCGAGAUGUACGAGAACCUGUGCAUGCGCGCUGUCAACCAGAGUAUCGGGCGGGCUAUUCGACACGCCAACGACUAUGCUGUCAUCUUACUCGUGGAUAGCCGGUAUGCCCGUCCACGGCUGUAG